GCUGGGUUGAAUGACUUAGCCCAAGUUUAGUAGGGUUCCCGGGCCUACCUCCGUCUCCGGCGGCAAAGAGAACUCCCCCGAUGCCGCCUCUUAAACCCUAGAACACUCCUUUUUCUUUCAAUCUCUCUCCAAAACCCUAAUCCCUAACUCUCCUUUGGUUUCCAAAAGGAUUUCCCGAAGAGAUGGGCGCCCUCGCGGCCCUCACAAAGUGGAUCCCCGAGGACGAUCUCCUUCUGAAAAACGCCGUUGAGGCUGGUGCUUCUCUGGAGUCACUGGCAAAAGGUGCAGUCCGUUUCUCCCGCCGAUACACUAUUACAGAACUGCAAGACCGGUGGCGCUCACUUCUUUAUGACUUGGAUACAUCAGCAGAGGCAUCUGCCCGUAUAAUUGAAAUUGAAAUUGAACUGUCUGUUUCCAAUGCUUCCAAAGCCAACCGCCUUACUGGUUUGAAAGGGAAGGAAAUCCCUGGAAAAAGGAAAGGAGGGAGUGUCAGGAGCCAUUACUUUGCUAUGCGGAAAAGGGUGUGUAGUGAACCUUGUAAUUCUGCCAAUUUAGGCCUACUGGAGCCAAGUUCACUUAUUUCCACAGGAAAUGGUGUUGGAUAUCGACAUUUUAAACCUCAAAUUGGAGAUGCAGUCAGUAAUUGUGUCACUGCUAUAAAUUCUGAGUUCCAAGAGCCUUCCCCAAAUCAUUAUGAUCAUCUUGAGAUAGCAUAUGAGAGUGCACGGGAUAUUUUGCAUGACAGUGCAAUGCUUGGUUCAGCUGCAGUUGAUGCCAGUGUUGAUACUGCUGAUAGAUUUCACACAGACUCCAUUGAUGAUGAUUUUCCUGAUGUAAUAGCAGAUAAUGAUUGCCUGUUCCAGUAUACAGAAAGUGAUAUACCAUCAGUUGACAAAUUAGAUGCCGGUAAUGCUCAUCAAGCAUUUCACCAUGACUUUGUUCCAAGUGAUAUGCCUCAGCCUGCAAUAGAACACAUAAGUUCUCCAAAUCUCUUCCAGAAUCUACAUGAAACUGGACUGCCACAAACAUUGCCAGAAAGCAGCCUUUACGGACAUGAUGGUGUAAAAACAGAAAGUUUACCUGACUUCAAUCCCUCCAUUUCUGGUCAGGAGCAGCUAUGCUCUGGUUUUGAAGGCAAGGAUGACUUGAGCUCACAGGUGCCAGAACAUGGUGAUUCAUUUGAUAGGCUUAGAUGUUCAUCUUCACAAGUGGGAAUUCCUGUUUGGGAGACAAUUGAUGGCAUUUCUCCUCCAACCAUUGGAAUUGAUGGACACUUCGGAGAUAAUCAAGGUGCAAAUUCGUUACUUGACUUUCAUGAUAUCACAGAAAUGCAUUCUCCUGGGUGCCAUGGUGCUAUCUCAGAAACCGAAUUGCAGGAUAGAAUACCUGAUGGUGCAUUAGAUAGUGCAAGAAUAGUUGUAGAAAAUGAAUACAUAGGUGUUUCAAGCUCGUAUAUGAACUUUGCAGAUGAUGAAUUCCUUUUGAUCAAUAUGGAUGAGGACAUUGCAGACAGGUCCAGCCUUAAUGGCCUAAAUUCCAUCUUGUUGAGUUCCCCUAGUGAUGCACUGCAGGACAACGCAUGCAUCUCCAGUGGACCUGAUGUGAAGGAGGCUGCUGAUGCAUGCCCAACUGUUAAUGAUGCUGCAUAUCAAGGGGAUUCGAAUGACCUCCUAGAGGAGUUUUAUCCUGCCAAUGCUGAUGAUGAUAAUGUAUGCAUUGCAGGUGGCAAUGAACCCUCUACCUCUGUAAGAAUACCCCAUAAUACUGAAUCUACUGAAGGUUUUAUGUUUUGCGCAUUGAAUACCGAGGAUACAGAAAUACCGUGCAAUGAUGAUGUUUGCCUACCUUGUCAUUCGCUCCCAUCAUCUCCUUCUGAUGUGGAACACAGUCCUAUGGAAAAACAUUUGUCUAUUUCCUCCUCGAGUGAGUUUUUAAUUGAUGAUGGAAGGUCAAUCGCACAACCUUUUGCAUCCUCUGUGAAGACUGGAAUUUCAAACAUUGGAUUGUUGGAAUCAUCUGAUGGUUGUAGGACAGAAAUCAGGUCAAUUGAGAAUGAAUCCAGAGCUGCAGCUUCUAGAUGUGCUGGUGUUGCUUUGGGUGAUCCAAAUUCUUGCAAUUCUAUGAAUGCCUGCUUAUACCCCAGCUCUCAAUCUGCUCAAAAGCAAGAAAAUGCAGCAAAAAAUUUGGGGAAGCAUGGCAGUUUGGACUUGUUUCUUCAAAAGCCCGCUCAAGUGUCUGAUCUUGCCAUGUGCAAUGCUAACCAUUAUAAAGAGGAAGCAAAUAUGCAUGCGACACUGCAGGGGCGUAUACAAUAUCAAGAACAAAGCCAUGCUGAAAUGACAAUAGGAGAUAUGGAGAAGAGCAUGCCAAAAUCAGAUCAGGAAGAUCAUUUCUCUGACAGCGAUUGUGAUGUGCCUAAUUUUUCGGAUAUUGAGGCUAUGAUACUUGAUAUGGACUUGGAUCCACAAGAUCAGGAUUCAUCUCUCUUCACCAAAGAAGU